AUUUGCGUCCGUCCUCGUCACCCCCAUGAAAGUUGUUGCCACAGCAUUGUUGUCCGUCGCGGUCAGUGUCGCGUCCGCCGCCAAGCUCAAGUCUGUCGUGUACUACAUGGAAUGGGCGAUUUACCAGCGCAACUUUGGCAUCUUCGACUUGGACUGGUCCCGUAUCACUCACGUCAACUACGCGUUUGGUCGGCCUCGGGACGACGGCACGGUCGAUUUGUACGACACGUGGGCCGCCACGGACAAGCGCUUUAUCGACCACGGGGACUCGUGGAAUGACUUGGGCAAGAAAAACGUGUACGGGAGCUUUGGCCAAGCGAAUAAGCUCAAGAAGCAGUUCCGAGGCACCAAGUUUGGGUUGUCCAUUGGCGGGUGGACGUUAAGCGACAAGUUCAGCGGCAUUGCCAAUUCGGAUGUGGGCCGUCGCAACUUUGCGCGCAGUGCGGUGGGGAUGAUGCUGGACUUGGGGUUAGACUUUAUCGACUUGGACUGGGAGUACCCCGUCGAAGGGGGCAACCCCCAGCCCGCCGUGCCACAUCGCCCCGACGACAUUGCGCACUACGUAGGUCUGCUCCAAGCCAUCCGAGACGAGUUUAAAGCGCUGGCGUUCCCGGCCGAACUCAGCAUUGCGUCCCCCGUGGGCCCAGACAACUACCGCCACUGGGACUUCAAGGCUAUGUGUGCGCUCGUAGACCAUGUGAAUGUCAUGGCGUACGACUUGUCGGGCAGUUGGAGCGAAUACACGGACCACCAGGCCAACUUGUACGAAGACCCGACGCACCCCCCCGGGCUUAAGUACAGUGUCGACAAGGCCGUGCAGGAUUACAUCAAAGGGGGGUGUCCAUCCAACAAGAUUGUGCUCGGGAUGCCUCUGUACGGGCGAUCGUUUGAAAACACUGACGGGUUGUACGGGCAGUUCACAGCUCCGUCCAACCAGGGGUCGUGGGUUGCCGGAAAUGGGGACGGGGCUGGUGUGUGGGACUUCAAAGCCCUACCCCUACCAGGGGCGGUGGAGUACUACGACACAAAAUUGGUGGCGGCCUACAGCUACAACCCAGACACCCGGACGUUUGUAUCGUAUGAAUCUCCCUCCAGUCUAGAGGCCAAACUGGCGUACAUCCACCAACACAAAUUGGGUGGGGCAAUGUUCUGGGCGGGGGAUGCGGACGCACCGGCCGGCUCUGCGCGUUCCCUCAUUACUCAAACAUUUACCACCUUUGGCAAGGACAACAUGGACUUUCACGAAAACAACCUCGAGUACCCAACCUCCCAGUAUGAUAACAUUCGCAACAGCUCUAUUGUUCAGUCGAGUACCUCCGUCCGUUCUACUGCUUCGACGACCAAACCACCCCCCGCAGCCCCCCAACGCGCACCUGCCACCAUGGCGCCCCUUACAGUAACAUCCACCACCACUACAGGUACAUUUAGCCAAUGCGACGGCAAGCGCAACUCGUGUGUGUGGCCCCUCACCAAGCAAGUCGUACCCUAUCAACAACGAGAUUGCAAGGCCUUUGCCGCGUUUGUGUGGUGCCCGUAGGAUCAAGCAUACAUGGUUUGAUUAAUACAGUUGGAUUUGAUAUUGGAA